CGAGACGCGACCAGGAGGCUCAUCGUCAUUAUUAAUGUUGGACUUCUGUGUCUCACUGUCAUGAUCUAAAUUAGAAGAGCUGCACACGUUCGGACGUCAGGAGAGGAUUUCUGUUUGAUCUCUGCAUUCAAGUCCAAGAAGAAAGAAAGAAAAACUCGACAUCAUGAGACGAACUUCCUCUCCUGUUAUUGACUUAAAUCAGAAGAUGAGUGACUGGGUGGAGGAAGAGGAGGGCAGAGCAGCGUCUGCAGUGUCCAGCUGUCUGUCCAUGAAGAGUGACUGGUCUAAAGAUAUACCUCUAUUCUUCAGUAAUGGACCUGGAGCUUCAGACACAAAGGACAGGACGAGGAGUCGAGGUGAUGUGAAGGAGCAGCUGUGCUGCUGUGCUUUGUGUCAGGAGCUCCUGAGGGAUCCAGUCCCCACCAGCUGUGGACACUGGUUCUGCAGACGGUGCAUCACCUCAUACUGGGACCAGUCUGAUCCAUCAAGAGAUCCUGCCUGUCCCCAGUGUGGAAAAAGAUCCAGAACAAGACCUGGACUGCAGACAAGCAGUCAAACCAGCCCAGUGGACGGCGGUCUGCAGGUUUUAGACGAGCAUAAGAUCAGUCUGAGGAGGAGAUGUGAAUUUGUGACAGAAGGAACUGCUGCAGCAGGAACUGGAACCCCCCUCAACAGGAUCUACACUGAGCUCUACAUCACAGAGGGACGGAGGGAAGAGGUUAAUACCCAACAUGAGGUGUGGCAGCUGGAGACAACAUCCAAGAUGGAGACCCUCAGUGACACUCCAAUCAGGUGCCAGGACAUCUUUAAACCCUUACCUGGCCAAGACACACACAUCAGGGUAGUUGUGACGCAGGGCGUUGCCGGGAUUGGAAAAACCUUCUCAGUGCAGAAGUUCACUCUGGACUGGGCAGAGGGCUUGGAAAACCAACAUGUCAGUCUUGUGGUUCUGCUUUCAUUCCGGGAGCUGAACUUGAUCAAAGAUGAGCGCUACAGUCUUCUCCAGCUGCUCCGUGUUUUCCAUCCAACAUUACAGACGGUCACAGCAGAGAAGCUCGCCGUCUGUAAAGUCGUGUUCAUCUUCGACGGCCUGGAUGAAAGCAGGUUUUUAUUGGAUUUCCAGAACAAUGAGGUUGUGUCUGAUGUCACACAGACAUCAUCAGUAGACGUGCUGUUGACCGACCUCAUCAAGGGGAAUCUGCUUCCCUCGGCUCUCCUCUGGAUAACUUCCAGACCUGCGGCGGCCAAUCAGAUCCCUCCUACAUGUGUUGACAGGGUAACAGAAGUCCGAGGGUUCUCUGACCCCCAGAAGGAGGAGUACUUCAGGAGGAGGUCCAGUGAUGAGGAGCUGUGCAGCAGAAUCAUCUCACACAUCAAGGCGUCCAGGAGCCUCCACAUCAUGUGCCACAUCCCAGUCUUCUGCUGGAUCACUGCUACAGUUCUGGAGCACAUGUUGACUACAGACCAGAGAGGAGAGCUGCCCAAGAGCCUGACUGACAUGUACUCACACUUCCUGCUGGUUCAGACACAGAGGAAGAAGCACAAGUACGAUGAGAGACAUGACAGGAGCCAGCAGGAGCUGAUGGAGACUGACAGGGAAGUUCUUCUGAAGUUGGGCAGGCUGGCGUUUGAACAUCUGGAGAAAGGCAACCUGAUGUUCUACCAAGAAGACCUGGAGGAGUGUGGUCUUGAUGUCAGAGAGGCCUCGGUGUACUCAGGAGUGUGCACAGAGAUCUUCAAAACCGAGUGUGUGCUCUUCCAGAGAAAGGUCUACUGCUUUGUUCAUCUGAGCAUUCAGGAGUUUCUUGCUGCAGUCUACAUCUUCCACUGCUACACCAACAGGAACACAGAGGUACUGGCCAGAGUCAUGAGAACACGCAAGAAUAAAGGUGUUGACAAUGAGCCAUCAUUGGAUAUCUUCCUGAAGAAAGUCAUGUCUCAAGCCCUGCAGAGCAAAAAUGGUCACCUGGACCUCUUUGUCCGUUUCCUUCAUGGCCUCUCACUGGAGUCCAACCAGAGGCUCUUAGGAGGCUUGCUGGGUCAGACAGAGAGCAGACCAGAAGAGAUCCAGAGAGUUAUCAAAAAUCUGAAGAUGAGACGAGCAACAGUUAACUCUCCUGACAGAAGCAUCAACAUCUUCCAUUGUUUGAUGGAGAUGAACGACCUCUCAGUACAUCAGGAUAUCCAAGAGUUCCUCAAGUCAGAGAAGAGAUCACAGAAGAAACUCUCUGAGACCCACUGCUCAGCUCUGGCCUACAUGCUGCAGAUGUCAGAGGAGGUUCUGGAUGAGUUGGACCUGAAGGCGUACAACACAUCAGAGGAGGGACGACGGAGACUGAUCCCAGCUGUGAGGAACUGCAGGAAGGCUCGAUUGAGGAGCUGCAGCUUGUCAGGGAGCAGCUGUGCUUCUCUGGCCUCGGCUCUGAAGUCCAACCCCCAUCUGACAGAGCUGGACCUGAGUGAGAACGAGCUGCAGGAUUCAGGAGUAGAGCUGCUGUCUGCUGGACUAGAGAGUCCAAACUGCAGACUGGAGACUCUCAGAUUGAGGCGCUGCAGGUUGUCAGAGAGCAGCUGUGCUUCUCUGGCCUCGGCUCUGAAGUCGAGCCCCCAUCUGACAGAGCUGGACCUGAGUGAGAACCAGCUGCAGGAUUCAGUAGAGCUGCUGUCUGCUGGACUGGAGAGUCCAAACUGCAGACUGAAGACUCUCAGAUUGAGGAGCUGCAGCUUGUCAGGGAGCAGCUGUGCUUCUCUGGCCUCGACUCUGAAGUCCAACCCCCAUCUGACAGAGCUGCACCUGAGUGAGAACCAGCUGCAGGAUUCAGGAGUAGAGCUGCUGUCUGCUGGACUGGAGAGUCCAAACUGCAGACUGAAGCUGGAUCCAAACACAGUGAGCAGAGAGCUCCGUCUGUCUGAGGACAACAGGAAGGUGACGACGGUGAGAAAGGAGCAGCCAUAUCCUGAUCACCCAGACAGAUUUGACCUGUGGUCUCAGGUUCUGUGUAGAGAAGCUCUGACUGGGCGAUGUUACUGGGAGGUCCAGUGGAGAGGAAGGGUUUCUAUAGCAGUGACUUACAGAGGAAUCACAAGAAGUGUUGAUGACUCUGAGCUUGGAUACAAUAAUCAGUCCUGGAGUCUGGAGUGCCGUGAUAAUGAUCACAGCUACACUGCCAGUCACAACCGUGAGUCCACCAGCAUCUCUGUCCGUCCCCGUGGAUCUGACAGAGUAGCAGUGUAUCUGGACUGCUCUGCUGGGACUCUGUCCUUCUACAGAGUCUCUUCUGACGGACUGACACUCCUGCACACCUUCAGCUCCACCUUCACUGAGCCGCUCCACCCUGCAUUUGGUUUGUGGUUAUCUGGUUCUUCUGUUGUGGUUUAGCUGCCAGUUUCUCAGAAACAAACUCUGACCUGAAAGUGUUUAGAACAUGUUUGUCUGAUUUGUGGUUUAUGGUUGAUACUGGAGAGCUGUGACUGGAGCCCCUCUCCUUUUGUGCCCCUCCCCUCACCUGUUGAUCUCCAAGUCACAUUAAGAUGUUUAACGGUCUGUACCUGAU